GCAGCCACAGAAAAGCGAGCGAGGCACCGAGCGCCGACUUGCAACGGGGAGGGGGGGCUGUUUAGCGUGGAAUGUAAUUAUGGCAGGCACAUCCGAAGCGAGCUCCGAUUCAUGCUGGCUGAGUAGGAUAUCAGUACCCACAAAGUCCUGAAUGUGGAGAGUGGUGGAAGAAGAGGAGACAGUCCACAGACCAUUUUUCUCCACUGCCUUUGGUUUUCUUCUGUUUAUUUGUGGGUAGGUCAAUGUGCAGCCAUUGCUAGAUGUGACGUUUCUACUAUGUGGCUUCUAAGGCUAAAGCACCAUUUGUCGGUCAACAUCUGGACUCUUCUGCUUCUGGGGAGUGCCUGGCUGCCAUUGGCAGAAGGCACCCCCAAGUCCUCCUCUCCCUUUAGGACUUUCCAGGUCACAGACUGGAGUUUGACACACUUGGUGGUCCACAAUAAAACCGGGGAGGUGUAUGUCGGUGCUGUCAACCGGAUCUAUAAGCUUGCAAAUAACCUUACACUGCUGCGCACUCACGUAACGGGGCCAGUAGAUGACAAUGAGAAGUGCUACCCACCGCCCAGUGUGCAGUCAUGCCCACAUGGGCUAGUUAGUACCAACAAUGUCAACAAGUUGCUGCUGGUGGAUUACUCUGGGAACCGGCUGAUAGCCUGUGGCAGCGCUUCUCAAGGCAUCUGCCAGUUCCUGCGCUUAGAUGACCUCUUCAAGUUGGGAGAGCCUCACCACCGCAAGGAGCACUACCUCUCCAGUGUGAAUGAGUCAGGGACCAUGUCAGGCGUCAUCAUCGAAGUGCAAAAUGGGCAAAACAAGCUCUUCAUUGGUACACCCAUUGAUGGCAAGUCUGAGUACUUCCCUACCCUGUCCAGCCGCAAGCUGAUGGACAGCGAGGAGAAUGCAGAAAUGUUUGGCUUUGUUUAUCAAGAUGAAUUUGUCUCCUCCCAGCUCAAGAUCCCAUCAGAUACACUCUCCAAGUUCCCCACAUUUGAUAUCUACUACAUCUACAGCUUCAGCAGUGAACAGUUUGUCUACUACCUGACUUUGCAGUUGGACACUCAACUUACCUCACCAGACUCUACGGGGGAGCAGUUCUUCACCUCUAAAGUUGUCCGGCUAUGUGUGGAUGAUCCCAAGUUCUACUCAUAUGUGGAAUUCCCCAUUGGUUGUGUUCGAGAUGGCAUUGAAUACCGCCUGAUUCAAGAUGCUUACCUCAGCAAGCCUGGAAAGGCACUGGCCAGACAGCUGGGCAUUUCGGAGCAUGAGGAUAUCCUCUUCACAGUCUUCUCUCAGGGCCAGAAGAACAGGGUCAAACCACCAAAGGAAUCUGUCCUUUGCCUCUUCACACUGAAGAAAAUCAAAGACAAGAUCAAGGAGCGUAUCCAGUCUUGCUACCGUGGGGAAGGAAAGCUCUCUUUGCCCUGGCUUUUAAACAAGGAAUUGGGCUGCAUAAACUCUCCUCUACAAAUUGAUGACAAUUUCUGUGGGCAGGAUUUUAACCAGCCGUUGGGUGGGACAGUCACCAUUGAAGGUGUGCCACUGUUUGUGGACAAGGAAGAUGGCAUGACAUCAGUCGCUGCUUAUGACUACCGUGGGCACACUGUAGUCUUUGCCGGAACGAGAAGCGGCAAGAUCAAAAAGAUCCUGGUAGACCCUGCCAAUCCCCUUGGACGUUCAGCACUGCAGUAUGAGAAUGUUGUGGCCCACGAAGGCAGCUCCAUUCUGCGGGACCUGGUCCUCAGCCCUGAUCUCCAGUACCUCUAUGCCAUGACUGAAAAGCAGGUGACUCAAGUACCAGUGGAGAGCUGUGAGCAAUAUACAACUUGUGGAUUAUGUCUGGGCUCCAGAGACCCUCACUGUGGCUGGUGUGUUUUACACAACAUCUGCUCACGGAAGGAUAGGUGUGAACGAGCUGAUGAGCCUCAGCGCUUUGCCUCAGAUCUGCGUCAGUGUGUCCAGCUCACUGUCCAGCCUAAGAACAUAUCAGUCACCAUGUCAGAAGUCCCGCUGGUCCUACAGGCCUGGAAUGUCCCUGAUCUCUCUGCUGGUGUGAACUGCUCCUUUGAAGAUUUUACAGAGUCGGAGAGUCGCAUUGAAGAUGGCAGAAUCUACUGCAGCUCUCCUUCUACAAAGGAUGUUAUCCCUAUCACCAGAGGUCGAGGCGAUAAGCGAGUUGUGAAACUCUACCUCAAAUCCAAGGAGACUGGGAAGAAGUUUGCAGCUGUGGAUUUUGUCUUUUACAACUGUAGUGUUCACCAAUCUUGCCUGUCUUGUGUGAAUGGGUCCUUCCCUUGCCACUGGUGUAAAUAUCGUCACAUCUGUACCCACAAUGCUGCUGAGUGCUCCUUUCUGGAAGGACGUGUCAAGAUGUCUGAGGAUUGCCCACAGAUCCUUCCCUCCACCCAGAUAUAUAUCCCCGUGGGUGUGGUGAAACCCAUCACUUUGACAGCUAAAAACUUACCACAGCCACAGUCUGGACAGCGCAAUUAUGAGUGCAUCUUCCAUAUCCCUGGCAGUCCCACACGCGUCACUGCUCUGCGCUUUAACAGCACCAGCAUCCAGUGCCAGAACACCUCGUAUUUCUAUGAAGGGAAUGACAUCAGUGACCUCCCGGUGAACCUUUCUGUGGUGUGGAAUGGGAACUUCAUCAUUGAUAAUCCACAGAACAUUCAGGCUCACCUGUACAAAUGCUCAGCUCUGCGUGAAAGCUGUGGGCUGUGCCUCAAAGCAGAUCCACGAUUUGAAUGUGGCUGGUGUGUUUCAGAAAAGCGAUGUUCCCUGCGCCAGCACUGUCCUGCCUAUGAGAGCAGCUGGAUGCAUGCUAGCAAUGGCAACAGCCGCUGUGCAGACCCCAAAAUAAUCAAGUUGUCUCCUGAAACGGGUCCUCGUCAGGGGGGCACUCGUUUAACCAUCACCGGAGAGAACCUGGGCCUGAAGUUUGAGGAUGUACGCUUGGGGGUGCGAGUUGGGAAAGUGAUGUGCAUUCCCAUUGAGAGUGAAUACAUCAGUGCUGAGCAGAUUGUCUGUGAGAUUGGAGAAGCCAGCCCUAGCAAAAUCCAAGAUGCACCUGUGGAAGUCUGUGUCAGGGACUGUUCCCCCAGCUAUAAGGCCACAGCUCCUAAAAGCUUCACAUUUGUGAACCCCACAUUCUCACAAGUGACACCAGCACGGGGUCCUCUCUCUGGGGGCACCUGGAUUAGCAUAAAGGGAAAGCACCUCAAUGCCGGAAGUGACAUCACAGUGACCAUCGGGGGGCAAGCUUGUGCCUUUUCAUGGAGAAAUGCUGGAGAGAUCCGGUGUAAGACACCAUCUGGCCAGAGCCCAGGGGAAACACCCAUCCUCAUCCAUAUAAACCGAGCUGUACUUAGCAGUCCUGAAGUGAUGUAUUACUAUACUGAAGAUCCCACCAUUCAGAAGAUAGACCCUGAAUGGAGCAUCAACAGUGGUGGUACGCUGUUGACAGUGACAGGCACCAACCUGGCUACGAUCAAGGAGCCCCGGAUCCGAGCCAAGUAUGGCAGCUCUGAAAGGGAGAAUAACUGCACUGUCUAUAAUGACACCACCAUGGUAUGUUAUGCUCCUUCCAUUGACAACCCAACCCGGAGCCCCCCGGAGCUUGGUGACCGCCCAGAUGAGAUUGGUUUUGUCAUGGAUAAUGUCCAAGCCUUGCUGAUCAUCAACAGAACAAACUUCGUGUAUUACCCAGACCCUGUGUUUGAGUCUCUCCCUUCUGGCAUGUUGGAGCUCAAGCCAAGCUCCCCACUCAUCCUCAAGGGCCGUAACCUGCUCCCUCCAGCAACUGGAAAUUCCCGUCUAAACUACACUGUGCUUAUUGGUGACACUCCCUGUGCCCUUACAGUUUCGGAGACUCAGCUUCUCUGCGAGUCACCAAACCUCACAGGACAGCACAAAGUGACGAUCAAGGCUGGUGGCUUUGAGUUCUCUCCAGGGACACUGCAGAUCUACUCAGACAAUUUGUUGACCCUCCCGGCCAUCAUUGGCAUUGGUGGGGGUGGGGGCCUGCUCUUGCUUAUCAUCAUCAUUGUCCUCAUUGCAUACAAGCGAAAGUCCCGAGAUGCUGACCGCACUCUCAAACGCUUGCAACUGCAGAUGGACAACCUGGAGUCCCGCGUGGCCUUGGAGUGCAAGGAAGCCUUUGCUGAACUGCAGACUGAUAUCCAUGAGUUGACCAAUGACUUGGAUGGGGCCGGCAUCCCCUUCUUGGAUUAUCGUACCUAUGCCAUGAGGGUCCUCUUCCCCGGAAUAGAAGACCAUCCUGUUUUGAAGGAAAUGGAGGUCCAGGCCAAUGUAGAGAAAUCCUUGACCCUCUUUGGCCAGCUCUUGAACAAAAAACACUUCCUGCUGACCUUCAUUCGCACCCUUGAGGCCCAGCGCAGCUUCUCCAUGAGAGACCGGGGCAAUGUGGCCUCCUUAAUCAUGACAGCGUUACAAGGUGAGAUGGAGUAUGCCACUGGGGUGCUCAAGCAGCUUCUCUCAGACCUGAUUGAGAAGAAUUUGGAGAGCAAGAACCAUCCAAAAUUACUCUUGAGGCGGACAGAGUCAGUGGCUGAGAAAAUGCUGACAAACUGGUUCACUUUCCUUCUAUACAAGUUCUUAAAGGAGUGUGCAGGUGAGCCUCUAUUCAUGCUUUACUGUGCCAUCAAACAGCAGAUGGAGAAGGGGCCCAUUGAUGCCAUCACAGGGGAAGCCCGCUAUUCCUUAAGUGAAGACAAGCUCAUCCGUCAGCAAAUUGACUACAAAAUGCUGACUCUGAACUGUGUGAACCCAGAGAAUGAAAAUGCUCCUGAGAUCCCAGUCAAGGUCCUGAACUGUGAUACCAUCACACAAGUGAAAGAGAAGCUUCUGGAUGCUGUGUACAAGGGAGUCCCCUACUCCCAGAGACCCAAAGCAGGAGACAUGGAUCUGGUGAGCACGAUUCCCAGUGACCCCAUGCCCUUCUCUUCCAUCGGUGCAGAGUGGCGGCAGGGCAGGAUGGCUCGGAUAAUACUGCAGGAUGAAGAUGUCACCACUAAAAUUGACAACGACUGGAAAAGGCUCAACACUCUUGCCCAUUAUCAGGUGACAGACGGUUCAUGUGUAGCACUGGUGCCCAAGCAGAAUUCAGCCUACAAUAUUUCCAAUUCCUCCACCUUUACCAAGUCGCUCAGUAGAUAUGAGAGUAUGCUCCGGACAGCCAGCAGCCCUGAUAGUCUUCGUUCCCGGACCCCCAUGAUCACUCCUGACCUGGAAAGCGGCACCAAGCUGUGGCAUCUGGUGAAGAAUCAUGAUCACAUGGAUCAACGAGAAGGUGAUCGGGGCAGCAAGAUGGUCUCAGAAAUCUACUUGACCCGACUGCUAGCCACCAAGGGGACCUUGCAGAAGUUUGUCGAUGACCUGUUUGAGACUAUCUUCAGCACGGCCCACCGAGGGAGUGCCUUGCCCUUGGCCAUCAAGUACAUGUUUGACUUCUUGGACGAACAAGCCGAUAAGCACCAGAUCAAUGAUUAUGAUGUCAGGCAUACCUGGAAGAGUAACUGUCUACCUCUGCGUUUUUGGGUGAAUGUGAUUAAGAACCCCCAAUUUGUGUUUGACAUUCAUAAGAACAGUAUUACUGAUGCCUGCCUAUCAGUGGUGGCUCAGACAUUCAUGGACUCCUGCUCAACUUCUGAGCACAAGCUAGGGAAAGACUCUCCCUCCAACAAACUACUGUAUGCCAAGGACAUCCCCAACUACAAAAGCUGGGUAGAAAGAUAUUAUGCAGAUAUUGCUAAAAUGCCAGCAAUCAGUGAUCAAGAUAUGAGCGCCUACCUAGCGGAACAGUCACGGUUACAUCUGAGCCAGUUCAACAGCAUGAGUGCACUGCACGAAAUCUACUCAUACAUCACCAAGUACAAGGAUGAGAUUUUAGCUGCUUUAGAGAAGGAUGAACAGGCUCGAAGGCAACGGCUGCGGAGUAAGUUGGAGCAGGCAAUUGACACAAUGGCCCUGAGCAGCUGAAAAGGUCAAGGUGGCACUGCAGACUUCCCUAGCAGAGGAUACUAAGACAGGGAGAGAGGGCGAGGAGGUGCGCGGCAAGCAAGAAUAUCUUGGGGCCCAGCACCAAGCAAUGCACAGAGUCCGCUGCGUCUCAGAAGACUUUACACAAACAGCAAAAACUUAACCACCGUUACCACAAACAAAAAACGAACCUAUGUAGAGACAUUUUGAAAGGAGCGACGUGGCAAAGAAUCUGAAGGACCCCACGAGAUGCGCAAGGAAGGCCAGGGAAAAGAGCUCCAGCUCGGCUGCCACUACUCCCCAAGGCCUGUUCCAGAUCUGUCAGUGGAAGGUUGGGGACUGCACUAAAUGUCUAGGACAACGUUUUUACAUUAUGGUUUUCUGUAGCGGGUGGGGUGGGUAGGCUUACAAUUUUUUUUCUUCUGUACUUGCUUCCCUUUCCCACUUUGCUUGGAGAAAUCUUCUCUUUAUCUCUCUCUCUUUCUCUCCCUUUCUCUCUCUCUCCCUCUCUCUCUCUCUCUGGCCUUCUGCCUCUAGUGUUAAAUGCUAUAUUUGCACAAUUUCCAAAAGCUAGAAAAGUUUUUUUUUUAAUUUUAAACAAGGAUUUUGAAAUGGGGAGAGGGGCUUCUAAAUUUUCCAAAAAAAACCUUUUCCAGAAUUUUUGGUGUUUUUUUUUAUAACAAAAAGAAUAAAGGAGCCUUGUUGGUUUAGGAUGGAAAUGGUGUAGGUGGGACCAACAGAAGAGUCCCAGUAUCUUUGGUUCUUCCUAUAAUUUGCCCUGUGCAAUGUUUCAUUUGAAUGUCCUUUAGCACAGGCCAAAUAUCUGCUCUCAUUUCUGAAUGCUGCUUAAGAAGGUGCUGAAGAGUUAGAUACAAGAAAUCAACAAGCUUAAAAAAGGAGGGGUGGCAUUCUGUGGCAAGCCCCAAAGGCCAAGGGGAAGGGCCUCUUUCAUCUGCUCAUUGUUGCAACCCCUCACUAAAUUGCAUUGUAGAAGGAGCAAACUUCACAGAACAGGAUGAGCUGUUUGUCAGAAUUAAAAAGCUGAGCUGCACAACUUUUCAGAAGCCUUUUGUGUCUCUCCUCCCACCAGACCCCUUAUCUCUUAGUUUUCCUUCUGUAGGGCAUUUUGACAUUGGAGGACUUUUAAACAAGCGAUUCCCUCCUGGUGCAGCAGCAGAAGCACAGAGAGCUGAACUGCCCAUUUGAGACUGUUCUCAGUAUUGCCUCUUCCGCUGUGAAAGAAAGGUUCUUAGUAGAAGAUCCAGCAGCAUGAGGUGGGGGCUAGGUCAUGCAGGAGGCCAAAAGAGUAGCUACUUCUAUUUGUGUUAAAUUCAUGGCUUCCCAAGGCAGCCUUUGGUAGCAUCGGGGGCCUAAUCAGGAGGGUAUGACUGAGAAAUCACGGCCAGUCUCACUCCUAAGUGACGAGGAUUGAAACAUAAUUCAGUUCUGAGUUGAAGUUUGGCACUGACAAAAUCAGCCUAAGUGAGUUGUCCUCACAGUUGCUUCUACAGUCGGCAGUUCGUGUACACGCACCUCGGGAGAAUAUUUACUUCUUGCAUCAUCCCAAGUCCAGGCAAACACAGUAUGUCUCCAUUUUUGUUCCGAUAGCAAUAAAGGCCCAAAUUCCAAAGCUGCUUGCAGUUCCACUCUACAGGGUCUCCCAUUGCAAAGCAGCCAGAGGCAAAUUUGACAAUCUUCUCUUUGCUACCUUUUCCAAAACCUUUAAGUAACAUUUUCUUAAAAUAACAAGAAAGCAAGCGCUUGGCAAGAGGAAUUGUUAGGCAACAGAAACUGUCUGUAACCAUCCCUUGCAUCUGCAGUGAACUGUAUCUAUUAGAAACCAUUUUGAUAGCAGCUACAUCAGUGGAUUUGUUUGGGGUUAUGCAAAACAAAGAAUUUGGAGAUGGGUAAGAAGCAAGAAGAUAGUGUGACUCUGUCACUUGAUGGCAACAGAUAGGUUGGGCAUCUUCCUUUCCUUUGUGCUGAUUUCAGGGAGAAAUCGUGAUCCCCCUCUCCCCUGAGCAGAGUCAACACCAUUACCUCCUUGCAGGAGCUUUUGCAUUAUCUGUGAUACCAUGCAUACCCAGAUUCUCGAGAGCUUGUUCAGGCACAGAGAUUUUCUUAGGUCUCAACUGGUCUAGACAACAGGGACAUUUUAAUUUCACUUAAAAAGAACAACAACACUCUGAUCAUUGUUGCAGCCCUGGUAAAUUGCAUUGCAGAAGGGACAAACUUCCCAGAACAGAAUGAGCUGCUUGUAAGGAUCUUAAAAAGCUGAGCUGUGCAACAUUUCAGAAGCUCUACAUAGCAUUGGCCUGACAGCUAGCGGAGGGCCACUGGAGAGGAAUCUCUUGCAAAUCAGAGUAUCUAUUCCUCUUCUCUGGUUCUUAGUCCAACUCAAAGACCUUGUCCUUUUCCCACUGUACGGUUGAUUCUUGGUGUGGCACUUUUCCUGGUCAGCAGACUCUGAGCCAGCAUUUCAGGAGGCCAGAGGGAGCAGGUGUCAAUUGGGUCAUAAAGCAGAAAGGGCUGCUGGAGCGGAGGUUGGGACUGUUUCUUACCUGCUCCCAGGUUCCAGUUGGGGUAACUCCAGUGUUUCUAAGGCAUCUUGUACUGCGUGGGAAAGAUGUUGUAUGUAUCUUCAGUUCGUGUCUGUUGUAUGUAUCUUCAGUUUGCAAACUUGAUUUAAAAGUUAUUCUUUCUAUGAAAAGGCCCCUCCCUCACUCCAUGGAAUUUAGUACAAGUGUCAUUGCAGCUCUGUCUUUGAAAUGCAGAUUCAUUGGGGAAAGAAUCUGGUGCUUAUUAGUUACCAUUAAUUCUCAGAUAUAGGAGUAUUACUCAUUUGAGUGGAUGAAGGGCACCCCACAACGUUUUGCAGCACCCUGCAAAAGAAGUGGUCGUUGUUUCCAUGCUACAAAUGUAGAACUGAGGCUAAGAGAGUGACUGAGCUAGGAUUUGAAACUACGUAUGUGGCUGAGUUUCUGCAUACUGGCUCUCCUUGGUUCUAUUGGAUUGAUAUCCCAGUGUCCUGGAUGAGGCAUUUCCUGAAGAUCUGAAAAUGCCCAUUUGGCCUUGCUUUCCCAAUCUGACGCCAACAAUUACAAAUAAUGCCAGUACAUCCCUAUUCAACUGACUCUAUUAAAUCUGAGAGAUGAAAACCAUUUAAGUGACCUCCUGAAGAUUCUUCUUAAAAUUGUCUCCCCAACACCUCUUUUUUACAUUGUCUCAUCACUGUUUCAUUCAAUGUUCUGUUCUCAUUUGGACUUUUAAAACCUUCAGUUCUGUCCCUGAUGGAAGCAAUGCCUUUAUUUUUAUUUUAAGUUUACCAGUGUGAAGGAGCCACUGCCCUAAUUCAACUCAGGUGACCAAACCCACCAAAUGUCCGACCUUUCCCAUCCCUGCCCAGCACCCCAGACCCAUAAACUUGGCCACUAUCUCAGCCAGAUGAUAUGAGAGAGAGGCUGCUGCAGAAGCCAAGCCUACCAAGCCUGAGUCUUUCCAUUCCCUUAGAGUGCAAGUAAGGGGAGGAGAGGGAUGUAAUGAAGUUUUUAAUUAAAAUUUAAAAUGUGUGUGUGUGUGUGUAUAUAUAUAUAUAUGUUGUUACAAUCUAAUUCUUGUGCCCCAGUGGGGUACUUUAUAGUUAACUGAAGGAGAUCAAACCAUUAUCGAGUUACGGGGGUUUUUUUUACACAAGCAGUGGUAAAUACCAAAUGGAAGAAAUUUUCAAACAUUUCUCAGCAAGCAGAACAAUCUUUUGAAGCCUGCACAUCUCAGAUUGCUUUAUAAGUUUGUUUCUAGUCUUUUAAAAAUUUUUUUAUUCAAGAAGAGGUGAAGGGGCAGGCAAUUAAAAAAAAUAAAAUAAAAGCACCUAUGGACAUCUCAGAUGUCUCUGGAUCCAUAGGACUUGUGGGCUGUUGCAUGACUGUGCUAGAGUUUAGUCUGAGUUGAUCUUUUUUUAAAAGAAAAAAACGCAAGUGUUGGAUACUAGAGGUUUGUUCAGACUUUUUAUUUUUAAAACAAUUGGAAUUAAUUUCUUGUACAAGGGAAAAAUAGAAUUAACAUCAACAAUUUAUUUCUGGAAAAUGGUACUGUAAAGCCUUAAAGGACAGCUAACUGUUGCUGCACCCAAAAGACAUGGUCAUAUUUUACAUGUUCUCCUCUCUGAACUUUCCUUCCUUGUACCUUGUUUGAGAAGGGAAACCAUAAGGCAUUCCAUGACUGGUACUGUGAGAGAGGUAGAGGCUGCACCGUUUUGUAUGGAAAGCAAAGGCACAACCCUGACUUGGCAAAGGCGGAUGAUCAGUAUCAUCAUCUGUUUUGAUUUACUAGAGAGCACCAAGUUGUCUGGGAAAGCCCGCAUUCCCUUCUCAAGAGCUGCCCACCCAAUUAACUUAGGCACCUAUCUCCUCCUGGUAUCUCAGCAAUAACAGUGAAUAUCUUGAGAAACUUCACUAGAGAAAUUGCUUCUUAAGUGGCUUACCUCAAAUGAGCAGCUUUCUCCUAGAUCCUCCUUUUACAGUUAAACUGCACAAAGUGUCACAGAGCUGGAUUAAUUUGAAGGGCCUGUAGAAUGAAAAGUGGAUCUCUGCAGUCUCCAGAACUGCUGCCAAAGUUUACUCCCUUUUGAAAUCUCUGUACUACUGAAUCUUACUAAGUUAUCCCCGUGACUGGCCUUGAGUGAAUUCCUAUUUCCAUCUGUUUCCCUUUACAUAGGGGGGAAAGAUUCUGAGCUAUGUGGUUAAACUCACCAUUGAGAGGGAGGUUGGCAUGGCAUUCUUUUAGAUUCUCUGCCCAGUGGCCAAACCUGUUGAUCUGGAACAUGAUGAGACUAUUUGAGCUUACAUCCUAAGACUCUAGAUGCACCAUGUUUGUGGACCAGAGCAUCAGUAUUCUGGCUGCUCAGGUCACAUAUGCCUUGUGUAGAAACUCCAUGACCAUCCAAGAGCACGAAGGCAAGCAUGACAGCGUUUAGCAUUUAAAUGAGUCAUUCUGGCAAGUAUAUUUCCACUUGAAAAGCUGUGUAUCCAAAAACAUAGAAAACCAGUGAAUAAGAGGAUAUUCAGAUUAAGUCACCAAAGAGGCAGGUUUCCUUCCCGUUUUAUGUGUUGCUUGAUGAAACACACAUCCCUCUUUUUUAAAAUCCUGGGUCUAAGUAGCAAUAUUGAAACAUCGGUUCAAUGGUCUGCUGGUAUGUGUGUGCCAUUGGGCUUACUUUGUCUCAAGCAUGGUCCUCUUUAAUCACAAUUUUGCCCCAGAAACAGGGCAGUGAUUUGGGGGGGGGGGGGAAGCUGAAGGCAAAAGAGAGUCCAGUGGCUUCCUAUAACCAGGGGGGAAGAAUCAAAUGACAGGCAGACCACAGAGUCCAAAUUUCCAGCUGCUUGUUCACUCAGGUGGCUGGGAUGCCAGUGAAAUCAAUAGGGCUACCUGGGAGUAUCAGUAUUCUCUGGUGUGUUUACAGCUUGGCACACAAGAAGCAACUUCACUGAAUAAAGAGAGGAAUUUUUUUUACUAUUACCAGAGAAUAAAAUUCUAAUCCAAUAUUCUUUGUGAACCUUUAUGUUCAUUUUGUACCUUAGCUGAUUCCCGCCACUACCACCCAGUCCAAAGGGUUUUAGAGUUGUCAGAGUUAAACAAACAUCUCUAGGCUAAUAAUGCUAGUUAUUCCUGAGACAGAGUGGCUGGCAAUCCAUUGGGUCUUGAAAUACAAGGAAAGGAUAGGGUUGCCAACUGGCCUGGAGAAAAAUGUCAUGUCCCUUUAAAAAGUUACUUAAUGGGAUAUGGUUAAGUGGUCAGACUGUAAAUCAACCCUCUGUUGGUUCAGAUGCCACCACUGCCUUGAGCUCAGCAGGUGGCCUUGGGUAAGCCACUCCUCUCAACCCCAGCUGCAUCGUGGGGAUAAUAAUAACACUGACUUUGUUCACAGCUCUCUAAGUAGAGCACUAAUCUGCCUAGAGGAGCCGUAUAUGCACACAGUUGUUAUUAUUUACCAGGUGACUUACUUAUCUACAUGCUAUGAAGAGCUUCAACUGCCUGUUUCCACUCAUUAAUCCUCUGUGAAAGGGACAGGACAUUUGCCUCCAGUCCUGUUGGCAAACCCAGUGAGGCAUGAUCAAUCAUGAACACAGCCAGUGUUAUCUCUGAACACAAGAUGUCGGGGACACAAAAGGAAAGGCCUAUUCAUACCUUGGUUGUUACCUGCGCUAGGUGGAGUUUGGCUGCAAUCCUGAGACCACUUUCCUAAAAGUAAGUUACAGUGAAUAAAAUGGACUGAGUAGACCUGCUUAGGAUCUUUUUCCCAGUGGGUCUGAUCCAGCAUGGCGGUUCUAGUGUUCUAACCUUAGCCCUUCCAGCACCUUUGGCCUCUGGGCCGCCAGUCCAGUAUUCUACCUACACACUUCCCCAGAAGGCUCAUUCUGGCAUUUGUCUUUGGGAUUUCAUCCCCAUGAAAAGUGGAAGUACCAGUGGGAGGAGGGUGGAAUGUUACUAUUCUGUGAGUAAAACUAUUUUGUUAACAUUCUUAUCCAGGUUGUGUUGACAUCUGAUAAAUACGCACACAUACAGGAUAAGGUUGUCAGAGGCUUUGGCAGCAGUGUUGAAUCCCCUGCUGUUUCUGUGGUUUUGCAGGACUGUGAUCAUGUAAUUGGCACGCAGAAAUAUGUUUUGUUGUGCAUUUUGAUGCUCAGGUUGUCACGUUAGGAACAAAAAAGUGUAUGUAAGUUGUUAACACCUUGGAACAGGGCAACGUUUCUGCUAAAGUACUUUGAUGUCACAGGUGCUAACUGAGGAUUUGGCAGAAUUGGACAAUGAGACUUUCCUUCAGAAAUCAAAGGUCAUGGAUUUUAAAUAAAAGAAAGGCUAUAGAGAAAGUGCUGGCUUGUUUGGAACAAUUCGUAAAGCAGACUAUCAUUUUACAGAUUGAAUAUUAUGAAAAACUAAAUAGGGAUUGUGUUCGCAGAAUAAGCUGUUACAUUCUUGUUUGUUGGGCAUUGCUAAGGAUUCUUAAGAUGUUUGAAGACCAGGAACAGAUUUGUGCUGAGAAGGAAUCAAUUGGAAAUCCACUGCCCACUCACCCCCGCUCCCCAGUAUCACAACCUGAUCUCUGGAGAAGUUGAAAAUUUCUUCCUCACCUAGUCCUGAACCACACAGUCUUGCAUUGUAGCAUAUUGAUCCCAUAGAGCUUGCUGCUGAAGUUCAGAGACUGUGUGCAUGGUCCGUCUGCCUCAGGCUGCUUCACCAGGAUUCCAUUCCUCCUCCCCCCUUCUUCUUUUUCUUAUUUAAAGAAAUGAGCAAAAACAAACAACCCACCACUCCUUUCACGCCUGUGAGCGGCCCCACUUUGCUGCUCUCCUGAUAGGCAUUCAGCCAUCAUUUGUUACUAGGACAAGUGAUGCUUUCAUGAUCUUCUUCAGUUCCCAUCAAGGCAGUGUAUUAAGGUGAUCUAUGGUCUCCUCCCAGCAUAGUCAGUGUCACUGACUUCUAGAUGACAUAUCUGUAACCAGGAAAAGGUCCAUGCCAAAUACAUUCUUUGUUUUUCGGGUGCUGUUUCAGCAUUUUAAUGUCCAUUGCUAGAAGGAGCUAGUCAUGGAUCCAUCUCCCACCUCGUGCCUUCAACCCCCUGUCCCUCAUGCUCUCAAAGAACGGUCUUCAUCUUUGUUGGCUCUGAUUAGCAGACUGUGAGGCAUGUUGAAGAAGCAGCUGCAUAGAGACAUUGACGGCUGUGGCUGGGAGGGAAGCUCCUUGUGGCUCAUUUUGAUGGAAAUAACAAAUUGUCCAAUACCUAUAACACCACUUCUUCUGAGAAGACAAUUUGAGUCAACUGAACCAGGGAAGUGGCCAGUGCUUUCUUUGGCUCCUGAACAUUUGCUGCCAGCUCUCUCUUCCCACAGUUCAUGCUAGUUCAGUGGAGAGCAAGAGCAUAAGAAGACUCACGUCAGAAUUGUUCUUUGGGCCCUGUGGUUCCAGGUGCUACCCAGAAAAUAUGAGACCGCAGGGCACUAACAAUAUACUCCAAUACGCAUACCAAUGUCUUAUCUUGGAUUUUUCUCCUUCCCGAUGCAGACUGUACUGAUCCUGCUUUCAUCUGCCAUGCAGACAGUCCAUAGGAUCAGGCAGGCUCUGCACAGCACACAGGUUUUGUGAGGGUACAGUGGAUUCAUAUUGCACAUCUCAUCCCUGCUCAUGCAGCCUUUAUUCCUAGCUCCUGGGACUUUUGGAUAACACACUAGAAAAAUAGUGGAACAGACUUCCUGCCCCCCAAUUAUGUUUUUUUCUUAUUUUAGUGCUUCUCUUUCUCCCUUACAAUUAAAAAAAAAUAUUGCAGGGCAUGUCGCUCUUUCUUCUUCCUAAGGAAUGUCAAAGUCACAAUUAGCUGUCCUUUAAGAAAGGGGAAGGGGGCGGCAUGGGAGGGGAGGAGGAGAGAAAACAUACAAAACAAAGAAUUUUAAUAGUAAAAUUUUAAAAAAAUAAAGAAAAUCCUGGUAACUUUAUGUGAUUGUUUCAGACUUGAAGCAACUAUGCCGAUGUGGCAACUCUUUGAUUGUGUAAAUAUCCUGCUAUUUCCUAUUUUAAUGUUCUUCAGAUUUAGUACUUGUAAAUAAACACAAGCAUCAAGGAGAGAUUAAACAUUUU